AUGGGCGCCCAAAUCGCUACAGCGACGACUCCGCAGAUGGUCAACGGAACCUACGGGGCGGUGGGAGUCUCAGGCCCUCUGUCUAUGGAUGGAGAAGUGCAGGCACCGGAGCAGACUCUAGGUGCACAAGUGGCUGGAGGCGAGGUGUCUUCUGGACGAUCUAGUGGAGAAUCUGGGAUAGGGCAAAGGCGAGUGCUGUUCAGAAUUUCCUCCAACGGGAGGAUACUGGUUCUGCAGGGACCCAAGGGACGGGAUUCCAUACAGCUGGUUCUGGGAAUCAAGGAGAGCAAUCCAGUCCAGAGGAAGCUCCUCUUCUUUAUGCCGAAGGAGGACGUAUGGCUCAGUCGGACAGGACAGCGGCGGAAGGAGGCGAUCCAAGCGGAAGUACGGAAGCAGAUGCAGGUAGCUGCGGUCUCGGAGAUGAAUUCAGAGGGGAUUGGUGCUCAUGAGGGAAGAGGAAUGGUGCAGCUGCAAAACGUGGUGGCAGACCUCGCCACAGCCAGGCCCUCGAUGAGUGACUUGUCGGACUCCUCUGGGGAGUGCUGGCAGCAGGUUCUACGGCAGGCGCAGGUUGACAAGGAGCCUCGGUGGAACCGCGUUCGUCACCGAAUGGAGCACUUGAUACUGCAAAGCUGCCCAGAGGGUGUGAGGAGAUGGAUGACACGUCUCUCCGAUCUGGGGGGAACGCAGCCUGACGCCGCGGUCAGCAUCCAGGCUCUUGAGGGGAUCACGUCAGGUGUCCUCAAAGGGCUUCCCAGUUUGUCCUUUCGGGUGAACUUGGUGCGGGCUUCCUUGCAUCUUGACACUCAGCCUUCAGCGACCAAGGUUGAUGAGUUUUUUGAGCACUUGCUGGCUGAGCUAGAAGGGGUUUCCCGGGUUGCCGAUGUGACUUCCGCGACCAAUGCCUCUACAGCACGAGCCGACGGAACGAAGGGUGUUCGCCAGGUUGAGGCCAAGACAGCUACCAGUGCAGCGACCGAUGGCUCCGUGCUUCCCAAUAAGGAGAAAGGGCCUAAGGUGCCAACCCCGCAGGGCGGGGAGUCGCCAAAGAAACCGUGCAAAUGGUUCACAGAAGGCAAGGGCUGCCGGCGUGGCAAGGAGUGUAGGUUUCUCCACGACUGGAGCCAGAUCCCGAAGGCCGAAAAGGGUGAUCGUUGCAUGCUGUGCGGUGGAAAGGGCCAUAGGAAGGACGUGUGCACAGUGGUGCCCAGUGGGGCAGUUGCGAAGCGGGAGGACGGAGCUAGCUCAGCCAAGGCCAACCGUGCCGAUUCCAGUCCUAAGACAAAGGGCGGGGACCCAGGACUUCGCAAAGUCAUUUCUGAUGCCGCUAGUGUGCUCAAGGAGGCCAUGUCGGCCAGUGCUACGGCCAGUGAGGCACCGCCGUCGCAGCCAGGUUCAGGUGCAAGCCCUCAGGCAGGUGAAGGCGGUGAUGCGCCUCCGAUGGCCGUGGCAGCUAAGAUUCAGGCGCAGUUGCAGGACCUAGAAGCCAGGGUUCUUGAUGGAGGCCCCCGUGUAAGAGCAGUGAGAGAGGACCAGCCUGUUGAAGCAUGGGAACCAACUGCGUUGCUAGACUCCGGAGCAACACAUGUGGUGUUGGAUGAUGCGGCAGCCGGAAACCAAGAUCUUGUGCCGUGCACUGUGUCGCUUGCAGGCGACCAACGACAGACAUGGCACCAGACUCCUGGUGGAUCCCUCGUGGCUCCGAUCACUGGAGAUGGUCACGCACCUCAGACCAUACUUCCUUUAGGAAGUCUUGUCAGCCAGUUAGGUUGUGUUCUUCGCUGGUCGCAGAAAGCAGGCCUUCAGUUGAUCCACCCCAAGCUCGGUCGCCUGAAAACUAGCCUGAGGGGAGGUUGCCCGCAGUUAAGCAGGGAUCAGGCCCUUUCGCUCAUACGCGAAUUGGAGAGUGCUCGACUGAGUGAGCUAGCUGGGAGGUUGAAGAAGGUCCAGGCACAUUUGAAGGCCACCAGUGGACUCAGGUUCCGCGAUGUGUUGGAUGCCUUUGUGGAGUCAGGUAGCUAUGCAAGUGCGUUGGCCCUGGCCCAACAGAUCCCUUUCCUGGAGACAGUCCCAAGCAGGAUCCUUUCGCAGUUGGUUGUUGACCUUCAAGAUGCCAAUGGUUGGGAGUUGUUGAAGGCGGUUCCUCUCAAUCGGCGGAUUAGGAAAAGACUACACCAAUCCCACUCCUGGCUACUUCAUCUUGGAGCAGGCAAGGUUGACCCAGCUCUCAAGCAGGUUUGUCAAGAGCAGAGGAUCGAGAUUGUGUCAAUCAACCCAGCGGAAGGGAAGGCUGUUGAACCAGGCGUGUGGAAGGCCCUCACGUGGGCCGCCUUCACAGGUAGGCUGUCCGGGAUUGUGUCAGAUGCCCCCAUGAGAACGUGGAAUGGGGUAAGAGUGGAUGAGUCUCGCACCGUGCACUUGCGUACCCCAGAUAACCCAUGGGGAAACCCGUCCAACCUUGAGGGUCAUCAGAGUAAGGUCAUUGAUGACGUGGUGUUUUCACUGCAGCCUAUGUGGUUGUGGACCAUAGCCUCAAUUGCACAAGGCUGUGGUGUUCCGUUCCUUCAGACGCAUGCGUUGCAUCAAACCGGCAACACUCAGCCCUGGCUGGAUUCAGUAGUGAAGCCCUUCUCUGUGUGGAGCUAUUGCAGCCAGUUUCAGGUUGAUGAGGUUAGUGAAUCCGGUACUAGGACAAAGCCUAUGGUGGUUUGUUCCAACUUGGGGUUUGGUGACCGCGACGAGAGUGCCGACAGCUUUGGCCCCAGAGAUGCCGGCGAGGUGUGCGUUUCGGGAUGGCCCAUGAGCUUCAGAAGAGAGGUAACCAUGGCUUCGUUCGGCACUUCACCCCAGGUACAGGCGCCAAGGCAGGUUGAUGUGCCACAGGUGAGUGCUGUAGGUGCAGGCGUAGGAGGUUUGCAUUCGGACCGUCGGCAGAGCCAGGAGGAGCGCAGAGCUGAAGGUGAAGUGUUAAGUCCUUUGCAUGAGGAGGGAGAGGACUCCUCCCCAUCACCUCCUGCGGCGCGCGUGCAAGGUGAGGCUCCCCAGCUUGUGCAUGAAGGUACUAGGCCCGCUUCCAAGGUCAUCAGCGAUAAAGAUAGGGAGCGAUGGCGGCGACAUAUUGCCGCGCAUCACAUUCCUUUCAGAAAGGAUUGCCUCAAGUGUGUGAUGGCGGGAGCACUAGGACUGCAGCACAGGCGUGUGAAGUGCCCGUCCAUGUAUGCAUUGGCCUUUGACCUUGCAGGGCCCUUCAAGGAGCGAGGCAAGGACGACAAAGGAGGUGGCUACAAGUACGUCUUGGUUGCAGGGUUGCGUGUGCCAGACAAUGCGCUGCCAGGAGGAGGUGACCAAGAGCCCGCCACAGGCGGACCGAGGCCAGAGUAUGCUGAGGUGGGCAAUGAUCAGACGGUUCGUGCCGACGAUGAGGAGUCGGAAGCCAGCUGGCUGAAUGCAAAUCUCGAGCCUACUCCAGGGGUCAAACAUGUGAGUCAGCAUGAAUCGGACUCCGAACAAGAGCGAGAGUCUCUGGUCAGUUGGUUUGAGAUGCCUGAUUUGGAAGAUCUUCCCGAGCCCGAGGACGACGACGAACCCGCUCAAGCUAAGGACGACCCAGAAGGGGCGCCCGAUGAGGGCAAGGCAACUGAGCUUGAGGGUGAUUUAUGGGAAGAUGAGUUAGGCGUCUCGGAUAUGUCAGAUGAGCAGUUUGAUGGUGCGUUGUCACAGAUGCUGUUCAGCGGUGCCAACAAGGUUCUAAGGUUUGCUGUGCCUGUGAAAUCGCGCAAGGGCCCUCAGAUCUUGUCAGCGCUUCAAGAAGUGGUUACAGAGUGCAAUCGCCUAGGCUUCCCUGUCAAAGUUGCCCACACCGACCGUGCCAAAGAGUUGAUGUCUAAGGCAACCAUGGAGUGGCUUCAGUCAAAGCUCAUUCAGCCGUCUUUCACCCAAGGGGAUGAUCCGCAAGCCAAUGGGUUGGCUGAACGGUUGGUGGGUUGGGUUAAGGCUAGAGCCAGGUUGCACUUAGCAGCGUCCGGGUUAGGUGUAGAGCAGUGGCCAGCGGCUAUGUCCUUUGCUUGUGCUGAACACCGCAACCGUAUGCUCCAAGUGGAUGUGCAGCUACCGAGGUUUGGGCAAAAGGUGAUUUUCAAGAGCAAACAUCCCACAGGAAGGUCCAAGCGUCCUUUUUUGAGGUGGGAGCAUGCAGUUUACCUUUACCCUACACCGCGUACGGAAGGCGGACAUGUGCUGCUGCGUGCCACCUCGGGUGCUUAUCUGGUAGCCAAGAAUGUUCGAUGUGUGGAGAACUUGGUUGAUCCAGAAGCCGAGUUGGGUGAUGAAACUGUGGUUGAAGUUGAUGCUCCUGACGACUUGCCUGGAGCAAGCCACAGUGAUGCGAUGCCCAUGCCUAGUCGACGGGUCACUGGGAAGCGGGCAGUGCGUGCGAUUUCCCUACCAGCGGAAGUGUUGGCUGAGGAUCUCAGGAAGCAUGAGCUGUUUACCCCAGACCAUUGUGGAAGGCUCCUCGAGUUGGCCUUUGGAGGGUCGGACGCUGCUUCAAAGAGAACCCACCGGGGCCCAAUGGAACUUGCUGUGGUUUUAGGUGCCUAUGGACAUGGUGGGCUGCAUGGUGUGACGCGUGCAAGCCGUGUAUAUCCUGAAGUGUGCCGGUACCUGAAUGAGUACUUGAGGCGAAACCUUCCAUCCGGACAAGUCAAUCCUCAGUGGACUGCUGUAACUGUGGUUGUUGCACCGGAGGUUGCGGUACACAAGGAUGUGAGGAAUGAGCCAGGCUCUGUCAACUUUGUCACUCAGGUGACAACCCGAUCCAUGUGGAUUGAAGGCGCAGCUCAGGAAGGUGGUGAACAUGCCUGUGUGGACGCAAAGGGCAAAGAGCACCAAGGAUACCGGGUGCCGUUGACUCAGGAAUGGGCUGAGCUGUGCCAGCUUGAUGAAGAGCAGUUUGAGGCACGUUUCGCCAGAUGGCAAAGGGUGUUGGGGGGUGCAGAUGAGGAUCCCAACCUGAACCCCGUGUCAGCAUCCCUUCCCCACCAACUCUUGAUUGCAACAGUGUUUCAGGGUCGCGAUUGGGAGCGCGAUCCGGAGGUGAUUGCAAAUGGUCCAGACGGGCCGGUCCUAGCAGCUCGCGUCUUCGACUUUUCAGACGACGGCCCGCCAGAUGAGACACUGCUUCCUGAUCGUAUGCUCCUAUUCUCGGUGCACGAUUUGGUGCGUGAUACCUUCGAAAUGGUGAUCCUUCGUGUGGUGUUAGUUGAGGAGGAGCCGGGGGGACAACAGGAUCCCACGCAGCCAGUGUUGCAAGUGCCGGGACCUCCUCCUCCCGAAGUUAGGGCAGUGUCUACCACAGCACAGAUGCCGCACACGGGCGAAGACCGCCCAUGCCGAUUGCCAGUUCCCCUUCCCAACCCGACGUUCAUACAGGUGCGUCCGGCCAAGAUGCUCAGUGAGGUGUCGCAUCAGGAGGAGGCGCUACUGUGUAAGACAGAGGCCACUACAACAAGGGGUUUGGAGGCUAUACUGGACAGCCUUACUGAGCCGUUGAGUGUGACACAUACUGCGUCUCAGGAGGAGGUGCGUGCCAACCUGGAAAAAUGGCGACCGGCCAUUGAAAAAGAGCUGAAGUCCCUGAAAGAGCCAGGUGUCCUCAUCAGCCAUUUUGGGAAGGAGGCACGGGCUACGAUUGCCGGAGAAGGGACGACGGUCAUCCCACUCAAGGGUGUGUUCACCACCAAAGCGCCUGGAGGCCCCGAGGACGGGCUUUAUCGACGCAAGUGCAGGCUGGUGGGUUGUGGAAACCAAGCGUCGCACAUUGAUGCCGACUCCCUCUACGCAGCGGGAGCACCCGCAGAGCUCGUUCGAGCUUCGUUGGUGCAGGCGAGCAGGUAUCAGUGGUCAGCGUUCACAACUGACAUCAAGUCAGCAUUCACCCAGACGCCCAUCCCGACCUACGCGGCGCGACGCUACAUGCUGAGGCCACCACGAUGGUUGGUGGAACUCGGGUUAGCAGAACCCGACGAGUACUACUCGCUCGGGAAGGUGCUCUACGGGUUCAAGGAAGCCCCUGCUUGGUGGAGUGAGCACCGGGAUGCCAAGCUCCUCUCGGCAGAGUUUCUGGGUUGCCACCUUGAGCAAGGGACGUCGGAUCCCUCCUUGUGGCGCAUCAUGAAGGGUCAAGAGUUAAAGGGCUACCUGGUGACCUACGUUGACGACUUCCUUGUCCUCAGUGACAGCACAACUGCCAAGGGGCUUCACCAAUGGCUUCUUGAUGAAGCAGGAUGGGAGACGGACGGGCUGAGCGAGGCCAAGCCAGGAGAGCCGGUGCGGUUUCUGGGUAUGCAACUGGAAAGGCACGAGGACGGUCACUUCAGUCUGAACCAGGAGUCCUACAUCGACGAGCUGGUGAGGUCUUACCAGUUGGGCAGCAGUGACAAGUCGAAAAUAGCAUGUCCCAAAGAAAUCCUCAUGAACGAGCCCGAGACAAUGCCGGAAGCGGACGAGGCCGUUGUGAAAGCGGCACAGAAGGUGGCAGGGGAAUGCCUUUGGUUGUCACAAAGAACCAGGUUCGAUAUUUCCUUCACUACGGCGAUCCUGUGUUCGCGGGUCUCAAAGGACCCCAAGGGAGCUUUGGCUAUUGGAAGGAGGCUGUUAUGCUACCUUCAUCAGACGAAGGGUUUCAAGCUGCACCUUCGCCCGGAUGCCUCGGCAGCACCACUGAGGGUGUUCACAGAUGCCUCCUUCUCGCCGCAAGGGCAGCAUUGUUACGGGGGCCACAUCAUCGAGCUGUUCGGCGUUCCUACGGUGUGGAGGGCGUCCCGCCAGGGCCUUAUAGCCCUGAGUUCGGCAGAGGCAGAGUUGAUACAAGCGGCAGAGGGAUGCAUGUACGCAGAGUCGCUGCUUACUGUGUUGACUGACCUACGGGUCCAGUGCCGCUCUGCCCAACUGCUGCUCGACAAUACGGCCGCAAUGGCAUUUAUCGGCGGAUCAGGCAGUCAAAGAACGAGACACCUCAAGGUCCGAGGGCACAGAAUCCGUCAGCUGAUUCAGUCAGGCUGGGAGAUCAAGCACUGCCCAGGUGAGUACCAACGUGCAGACCUACUGACAAAGCCGUUGUCAUCAGCACGGAUGAGAUUCCUGUGUGACCUUUUGCAGUUAGGUGACGAGCUUGUGCCAAGGUUAGUGGAGGAUGAGAGUGAGGUUCCCACUGUCCGUGCUGUCUCAAGCCCUAACAAGUCCUGCUUGUCGGCUUUGCUCAUGUUCCCGUGUUGA